UUUGAUUUAAGACAUGACUAAUUCUGAACCAGUUUUCUCAGAAGCCUUUUGAUUAUGAAACGACUGCAAAACCACCAAAAAAAGAAGAAAAAGAAGAAAAAAGCAGAAGUGUACUGUUCAUCUUUACGUUUGUUUUAAUUUCUUCUUCUUUCUUUGUGACCCGUUGGGUCUUCUGACAUUUUUACCAGCUUGAACGUGAUAUAUCAUAUCAUAUCCUGAUAUCAUAAUCCCAGAAAAAAAAGAAAAACAUUAUUAAAAAGAAGAAAACAUUUCUACCCAUAAAUACGUACAUAGAUCUUUUUUUCCCUCUGUAUUUGUGUACUAUGAACAAAUCAAUAAUGUAUAUUUAUCCUUACACCACCAAAAAAUUUUUAAAAAAAGGUAAAGUGGAGGAGUCACUGUAUACUUUGUCAUCAAUGCCCAGUACAUCCACAACCACACACACACACACACAUUCAUAGAGAGAAGAGAAGAAACAGUUUCCCCCAAACCCACCUUCACACCUUCCUGUUUUCCUCUAACCAUGACAUAAACCCCCAGAUUCCGACGAAACUAGAAAAAAAUAUAUAUAUAUUUAUUUAUCCUCAACUUUUCUCUUUUCUUCACCUAAAUUCAAAAGGGUUGCUUUAAAAAAAAAAAAAAAUCAUCAGUGUGUGAGGUAUAAGUUCUUAGCUAGAAUCUAAAAAUCUUUUCUCAUUUUCAUUUCUUUCCCAAAUUCUUUUUCUGAAAGUGGGUUUGGGGAAAAAAAAGGUAUGAAAGUGGAAUGGAAGUAGAGGAGAUGCCAACUCCAGGGUGUAAAUUUCCGAGGAUCCGAAGUGGAAAUGGUAGAGCUGAUUCUUCUUCUUCUUCCAAGGUAGGGAAGAAAAGGGGUGAUGAAGAAGGAGAACCAGAUGGGAAGCCGUCAGCGGCGGCCCAGAGGAGGAAUCUUACUAUUGCCGAGCUUGCCGGAGAAGGAGUUGGCGGCGGCGGCGGACUUGAUAUUGCUACGGCAGCUGGCGGCGGCGGCGGGCUUGGCAGGUUCUGUGGUGGGUGGCCAUCAUCGAGGAUUGUUAGGGUUUCAAGAGCAUCUGGAGGAAAAGAUCGGCACAGCAAAGUGUGGACAUCAAAAGGGCUAAGAGACCGGCGGGUACGGCUUUCCGUCAACACGGCGAUUCAGUUUUACGAUCUGCAAGAUAGGCUGGGCUACGAUCAGCCCAGUAAGGCGGUGGAGUGGCUUCUGAAGGCAGCUUCCUCCUCCAUUUCCGAGCUUCCUUCGAUUAAUACCUCAUUUCCCGACACUCAUCCGCAGCUCAGUGAUGAGAAGAGGUCUAGCACUACUGUUGGUACUACAGAUCAACACGGGUUCGAUUCGGCUGAAGCUGCUGAUAUGGAAAAUGAUCAGCAGCUUUAUCUGCAGCAUCACGCCGCCGCAGGCGGCGGCGGUGGUGGGAAUUUUUCUAAAUCUGCUUGUAGUAGUACUUCUGAGACUAGUAAAGGAUCUGGGUUGUCACUUUCGAGGUCGGAGAGCCGGAUUAAAGCUCGGGAAAGAGCCAGGGAAAGAGCUGCAGAGAAAGAAAAGGAAAAAGAGCAUCAUCAGAAUCCAUCUCCGGGGAAUCAUCCUCCUCCUAUGUCUCAAAGUUCUUUCACUGAGCUCUUAACUGGUGUCUCCGGUCAUAAUAACAACACUAAUGCCUCUAGCAGCAGUCCUAAUAGGGGUACAACCAAUGGCGAGUCUAAUUUCUUCCAAAAAUCGUCCCCACCAAGGCAUUGGUCAUCUUCUCCAACUCCUAUGGAUUACUUUGGCACAGGAUUUCUAGGUGGUCUAUCUUCCAGUCGUCCUACAGCAAACCCGUCAUCGACGACCACGAGUUUCUUGGGCCAAAUCCAGCUCGGAAAUCAUCAUCAACUCCACCACCAAUCAAUAGUCUCUUCUUCCCCACUACUGUUUAGUCUCACCGGAGGUGGAGACCACCACCAUUCCGAGCUUCACCAAUUCUCAUUUGUCCCAGACCACCACCAUCACCUUAUUCCAGUUGUGACUACUACUAAUAAUAAUACCACGAGUAACGGCAAUGGUAACCACCAUGGUGGCGGCGGCGAUUACAACCUCAACUUCACAAUGACGCCGUCAUCAGCCACUUCUGGUGGUGGUGGGUUCGAUAGGGGGACCCUUCAGUCCAAUUCUUCUUCUUCAGUCCCGUCGUCGUCUCUGUUACAAUCUGCACCUCCUCACCUACUCCAUAGGUUUCAGAAUAUGGAUCGAUCCGCAGCUUUUUUCAGUCCUGCUAGCACUGCAGCUCCACCGCAGCCUAAUGCUCAACAGCAGCACAGCUUCCUCCACGGAUUCGAUGCCGGCCGGUUACAACUCUGCUACGGCGGUGAUGGUGAUGGUGGCGGCGGUGGCCAUUCUGACCAGAAAGAGAAGGUUAAACAUUGAUGAUGAUGAGAGUUCCUUCAAUGGACUUUCUUCUUCCUCCAAUUUCAUCUUCAUUCUGGUAUAACAAAGAUUGCUAUUGCCAAGGAUGAUCUGUAGCAUUAUUGUUAUUUUUGAAGUUAAUUUAUUCAGUUGAUUGAAUUGAAUUAUUGAACUGGCUUUAUUAGUUCAUGUGUCUGCUAAAUAUAUGGGUUCAGAUUCACCGUUGCCAGUUCUUUUGAUUUUUUUGAUGAUGAUGGAGUUAUGUACCUCGUUGAGGUUGGCAGUAAUAAUAUCAUAAUUGUCCAUAUUUUUGCUGGUUCAUGUACAUUACUUGCUUCUAUAUCAAUGUUUCACUUCGGCAAAUUCAAAAGUUUAAUUUAAUCAGCUAACGUUUUCUCG